AUGUCACGCUCCGUCCGCCGCCUAAUGAAGGAAGCCUCCGAGCUCUCCGCCUCCCCCUCCCCGCACUUCCACGCCGCGCCCGUCUCCGACUCAAACCUCUACGACUGGCAUUUUACUCUCGCCGGCCCACCCCCACCAUCCCCCUACGCCGGUGGCAUCUACCACGGGCGCAUCGUCCUCCCACCAACAUACCCACUCCGCCCGCCCUCCUUCCGCUUCCUCACCCCGUCCGGCCGCUUCGAAGUCAACCGCGAGAUCUGCCUGAGUAUCUCGGGGCACCACGAGGAGACGUGGCAGCCGGCCUGGGGGAUUCGGACGGCGCUGCUGGCGAUCAGAAGCUUCAUGGAGGGUGAUGCGAGGGGCCAGGUUGGUGGGCUUGAGGGCGUGAGUGAUGAGAUCAGGCGCCAGUGGGCGGGGAUGAGCCGCGGGUGGUGCUGUGAGGGGUGUGGGGGGAAGACUAAUGAAGUCAUUUUGAGGGAGUGGAGGGCGUUUUGUGUGGAGCGGGGGGUUGAUGUUGAGAAGGAGGAGGAGGUUGAGGGGGUGCCGGAGGGGUUGAGGAUUGGGGUUGGGAAGAAGGAGAAGGAGGAGGGUGAGAACUCGACGGCUACGGACAGUGCGAAUGUGGAGGGCGAUGAGACGGAGAAGCCAAAGCCAGUCUCUACCACCAUCGAUGCGGCUACUAGAGGUGCCGAGGAGAAAAGCACGAGUACCGGUACGUCUGCACCGGACGGGACAGGUCUAUCUUCGUCCACGACGACGACUCAAGCACCAGUACCUCGGACAGCGCCUACUCCGGGACAAGCAUCAACAUCAGCGCCGACACCACAAGCCAUUACACAACGACCGCGCCCUACGCCCACGAGGCCAGCUAUCCAGCCUGCGCCACCCCCUUCGCAGGAUAGCCCAUGGCUGGACCGGGCUAUAUUCGGCGUGCUGGUCGCGCUGAUUCUGAUGGUUCUCCGGCGGUUCGUCAACAUUGAGGAAUAA